AUGACCUCACUCUUUCUCUACAGAUACCAUGCACUUCUGGACCGAUGUUACGUGUUCGUCUUCCCCUUGCCCUUCAUCUCAACAUUCUUUAAUCUCUUCGUAUCGUAAGUCAAAAAAAGGAUUAACACUAUUCAAUCAAAUAUUGAAGAAGUGUUAGUUGCCCGGUUCAUAUCAAAUUAGUAUUAAUUGUAAUACUGGGCUUGAUUAAACAUCUUGCCUCCUUUCCAUUCAGACACAGUGCACCUGCUCACUAAAUUUAACUAUCUUUAUCCAGGUUCCUCUUUAUCUAGUGAACUCAAUGCAAAACGGAGGAGUAGCCACUUCAUCUAGGCACCAAUGGGCCAUAUUCAUAACAUUCAUAUGAUUUUUAGAUCAAUCAUUAAUACUCUUUCUGUAACUAGCAGUGUGUUGUCCUGCCUGUGUGCAAAUGGGUAAUUGUGAGGUGAAGUUCACCUUUUUUGUAAAGCUGCUCCAUUGAUCAGAUGACCACCAUGCUGGAGAAUGGAGACAGCCAGAAGGCCCGUUUCUACUUUCCUGUCUUCCGCUUCAUCAAGCAGCAGAACCAGACCGUCUCCACCUACUACUUGCACUGCAUCACCCGCCUCUGUGAUUGCACCACUUGCAGCACCUUCAAG